GGAUUAUCGUAGAGAUAAAAAAUGCCCAAUUAAUAAUGAAAACCCUCAUUAUAUAUAUGAAAAACAUAGUAUUCGUUUGUCACAAUUAUCACCACUUUCACGACAUAUUUUUAAAAAUCUUUUUGCUGAUGAUUUAAUUAUGGGAAGAAUUAAUUUUUCAUUAGAAUCAUGCAAUAGCAAUAUAAACAAGGAAAAUAUGAAAGCUUUUUACCUUCAAAUAGAGCGAUGCAAUCUUAUAGAAGCUAUUCUUUAUCAAGAUUCUAUUGAUCACCU